AUGAAUAUUAACCCUUGGGCCACCAAGUUCUCAGGUCCAAAUCCUGCAGCCGAUCCCAGGAGGAUGAGGAGAAUCAUUGCGGAGGAUCCCGAGUGGUCGCUGGCAACGGUCCCUCUGCUUUCGGAUCUCUGUAUCAAGCACAUUGUGAAGAAUUUCGCUGAGCAUCCCCUUUUGGACCAGCUUCUGGAGAAGCACAAACGCAAGGUGUUGGCCAAGAUCUCCACCAAUAUCCCACUACAAGUGACAGCAAACCUGGUGAGUGAUGAGGGCUAUUGGAGAAGAUGCUGCCUGGAAUGCUGGGAGGUGUGCGACAUCUCCAGUUAUGGAGGAAGCUGGAAGAGGAUGUUCUUUGAACGGCUGCUGAAGAACAUCAUUGAAUUCUUUGUCCCAGACACCACCGAUGUAAAGGUAGUCCUAGAACUGGUGCCACUCUGUAGAAACUAUGUGAGGAAGUUAGACAUUGCCCAGCUCCUUCCUCCUGUCAAGCAAAGUCAUGAGACAAUGGAUGAUGACUCCUCAGAUGGCGGCAGUGAUAGUGAUGUGAAUGGAUCUUCAGUUGAUCACUUUGACUUCAGCAUCUUGCUCAACAAACUCAUCAACCUUGAGGAACUGCACGUGACAUAUGGGGUCAAAGACUGCGGGAUGAAUUUUGAAUGGAAUAUCUUCCAGUUCACUUACCGAGAUUGCUUCUCGCUAGCGAAGGCCAUCCAUUCUUGUAAGAGCCUGAAGGUGCUCAAGCUCCCUCGAAACAGGAUUGAUGAUGAAAUGUUAAGAGUGCUGGUGAAGUACAUGCUGAACCAUCCCUCACUGGUAGAACUGGACCUGUCACAUAACUUAAUCAAGGACAAUGGGGCAAAGGUAGUGGCCAAGCUUCUUCACAAGACUAAGCUGGAGAAGGUCAACCUGUGCAACAACUGCAUCUCAGCAUAUGGGGCCAAAGCCAUCUCCUACAAAGUCAGGCGCUUCUCCACCCUCAAAUCCAUCAACUUUCGCCUCAAUCAGAUUGGGGACGAAGGAGGGGAGGCUUUGGGCCAAGCUCUUAUGAAGUCCUCAGUGGAAGAAAUCAACUUGUCGAGCAAUGAGCUGACGGAGCCUGUGGCAGUGGUCUUCUCUGAACUCCUAAUGAAGAACCACACCCUGAAGUCCAUUGAUCUUUCCUGUAAUAAUUUAGGGCAGGAAGGUGGGAGGCAGCUCCAAGAGGGAAUGUCCAUGAACAAGACUGUAAUGGAGUUUGACCUGCGACUGACAGAUAUCGGCCAAGAGAAUGAAUAUGCCAUCAACCAGAUGCUGCACCUUAACCGGGAGAGGGUGACGAAUGCCAUCUGCCGGCCACUUAAAGCCACAAAAGUCAAUGACAUUACAUCAGACCACUUCCUGGCACCUGACUGA